UUAUUAGUGUACUACGAGUACGCUGACCACUGCUGUAACUGCACAUAGCAGUGUUCAAUCGUACAGGACGUCAUGUGACACUAAAGGCCUGGAUGGCGUCCCUCUUGGUUUAGCUAUUGGACUGCUGUUUGUUGGAAUGGUGAUCGGAGCCGUGAUUACCUGCUUGCUAUGUGUAUGUGUCCCGACACUGAACAGGAAAGCUUCAUCAGUUUUGAGUACUCAGAAACCAAAAAAAGAUAUGAUGAUACCAUCCGUACCGCAAACGAGUUUCCAACUAGAACACAAUAGCAAUUUGUCCGUGUAUGAUAAUCGGGACUCGCACAUCUACACAGGCAUUCAGACAGAAAUACCGCUGCUUGAAGGAAGACAAAUAACAUCGCCCUUAUACAACGUUAUUUCUGAAGACGGUGUUCCGGCGCCUGCUACCGAAGGCCCCAAUACCGAUUAUCAAGCGCUCAAAGAAAGCAGUUCAGACGACCCUUACCGUCAUAUUGAUGUACCGGGGGAUAGCAUGAACAAUUCAAUUGGACCGAAAGAACUCGAAGAUGAGAGUGACGAGGCCACCAACCACAAUUACUUUAAGUUGAGUCCACAAAAGAUGUGUUCCGAGGACACGCCUGCCAAGGCAGAAAAAACUGAUAGCACUGCUUAUUUUGUGCUAGUGAAGGAUCCAUCUGUUGACGAGGAACCAAUCUGCGAGUCGCAACACAAUUAUUUUAUUUUGGAAAAUGAAAACGAUUUGACAGUCAAAUAAUAUUUGAGUGACUGUAUUCGUGCAAUCCGAAAAGUUUAAAAGUUAAACAGUUUCUGUUGUAAAUAAUAUAUAGAACACGUUCUUUAUUUCUAUAAAUGUAUAUCAGUCACUGUUUAUACGCCUUUAAAUAGGAAAUUCCGUCAAAAUUUGUCUUCAAUUUAUGUUUCAUAUACAUAUAUUGUCAAGACUUAUUUCAUGUUUGUAAGCAUAUUAAGCUUAAGUUCGAUGCAUUCACUGCCAAUAUAUUUCUUACUAAUCAUGUCGUGGAAUAAAACUUAAAUUGUAAAAAUACACUUAAACAGAUAACACGAAAAUAUGACAGAACAUUAUGUAUGUCUUUUGUUAUUACAUAUUGUGAUUGUUUGAAUAAUCAUCAUGGUAUCAUUUGGCAAGCACAUACAUACAAUUAUUCUAAUCCUAAAUACAUAUCAUGACCGAGGGAACAUUUUUAAUUAUUAGUUUGAAUUGAUUAAUUGAUGAUUGGCUUAUCUUCAACAAGAAAUAAUUACUAGUUAAAUUUUCCAUUAAAACACAUUUUCAUACUUACGAAAUGUAUUUUAUCGGUAUAUAUUUACUGAAAACAGAUUAUCCGCAACAAUCUUAAAUGUCACUCGGCCGGAGUACAUAUACUUACUUCAUAACAGUAGUGCAAUCAAAAAAAAAAGCUUUCUAUUUGAAUAUAUUACAUUUAUGUAAAAUAAAUGAACACUUGUUUAGAAUAUGAGAAAGGUAGUCACAUAAUAGUUUAAUAACUUUGCAUUCUACAGAAGUCAUUAGCAACUAUCUAAUAUCAAUAGCAAAUGCAACAACGGAGAUUUUAGAAAUAUUCCGUGUUUUUUUAUCAAACAGGUAGACAACUCAAAGAUGGAAGCUAUACUGAUGUUUUUUGAGUAUUGCUAUUUUUUAAGUCGCGCACACUAUUUUCAUAUUGUUCUUUUUAUUAAACUGAAAUUUUACAAACUUUUAACCUUCCAGUAUAAGCUAGAAUAAAUUCGUGGAUAUAAA